CCAGUCGCGUAUUGUCAAUCAUGGCGCGAUCGAUCAUUCAUUCUUGGCUACAACACACGUGUCAAUCACGCUUUCGUUUUCUCGAUUGAAUGAAAAAUCAAAUACGUUCUCUUUCUCCUCGUUGUGUUUAAAGUAUUAAAUUUUUAUGAUAUUUACGGUAUUUACAGUAAAACUAUUUUUAAAAAAAGAAAGAAGCAGACUUAAACAAACAUUCAGAUCGGCUUUCGAUAUUAUCUCCAGUAUAAAACAAUUUCAUCGUAAUGUAUUACGUAAUUCCUUUAAUGCUACUUUAUUUCUCAUCGCAACAAAAAACACGUGCGACAAGUCAUAUAUCAUGUAGGGUAUUGCGACACUAGAUGAGAAUAUUAUAGAUAAGUAUCUAUAGCCUCUGUGUAACUAGAUACACAGUAAAACAUGUUCUAUAACAUUGAUACGGGUGGAAUGUUACGGAGUAAUAUAGAAGUGCCGUUUAUGUUGGUCCACCGGUAGAUUGAGAAUGCAUACACGGAAAUAUGCUCGCGAAAGGUCUUUGCGCUGAAUAAUUUAAAACCAGGUGAUCGAUUCUCAGGUGAGCCGCAGAGAGACGCGACAAACGCCUCCUUCCAGUCGACCUCAUUUAAGAUUCGAUCGAAUCGCGUAAUUACCCUGCACGAUAUCGAUGCGCAUUUUCUCCGACAUUACGUAUAUAUGGAAUUAUCUAUUUAUAAACUUGUAAGUUUCUAUUUAAAAAAUUGGUUAUAAGAGAACUUCUCUAUUUUGCAAAUAUGUAUAUUAAUCCAAAAUUUUUUCACUUCGGACGCUCUCUCGGGAAUUAUUUAUGUUAGCUUUAGUCCUCAAAGAAUUCUCGAUUGCCUCUGUUUAUCGAGACACACAUCUUCAAUUUAAUCAAGUAACAAUUACUUUGCGAAUCUAAUUUUGCUUUAUGAAAAAUGCAUAGACAUGUGAGACAAUUAUCGCAGAAAUCGCCCGUGUUUUCCUACCGAUCGAUACGAAAAAUUAAUGUCGAUUCGAGUUGCGUGAUUCCCUGCGAACGGAUAGGCCGGCGCGUGUGCAUAUUAUGCAUUGGUGGAGAACCGCAUAAAACAGAGGCGCCACACCGUCUAAGCCGCUGUCUGGCGCUCGAUAAAACUACAUUGUGAGCCGCAUUUUUGUUACUCCCUCGCUUGCAUUUCGUCGGCGUUUCCAUGUUCCCUCAUUCUCGCCUCCUUCUAUUCCACAGUUAAGCUGCCACAUGUUGCGAAGGUCGGUUAACGAAACUGUGUCACAAAUAUCGCGGCAGUUUUCAUUUCGCGUUACGAAUCGAAGAGAGAACUAAUUCUCAUAAAGAAUAUUCUGUAUCACAAGAAUAUUAUCAGGAGAGUCUUGAUCAUGACGUCAUUGUAACGCCAAUGUAGAAAAUUCAGAGAACAAAUUACAUGGUACAUUUGCGGAAGAUAAAACAUUUUAUGUGGUUCUUGGAGGAAACAUAUGCUUCGAUAUUAGAAAGGACACGUAAAAGUUUAUGACUGAAAAGGUUAUAGCAGUUUCUUUUUAGAACAGCCACCAGAAAUUGUUUUCAGCAGAGAAAGAGAGAGAUAGAAUGAAAAAGAGAGACCCACACGAUCAUAAAGUAUCAAUGUAAAUAAAAGUCAUGUAGUUUCAUAGUUCCUAUUUUUUUUUUAGAUUACAAUUGAAGAAAUACGUAAAAUAAAAACAAAGUUAAAUAAAGACAUCACGCUUGGUAUUGUCGAUCAUUUUAAUGGAGCGCAGUGGAAACAGACGGUUGUCGACCUAGUUUUAUCGUUACACAUAGACCUCUUAGGAACUCUUUACAUUGCAGGCCAUCACACUCGCAACGCAUGUACAUACAUACAUACAUGCAGCCCACAUUAGGUGAAUGCAGCUGGGAAUUAUUAUGUUUUAAACUUCCGUGUUUCAAUCUUCCAUCGUUUUAACCUACUUUAGUUUCAACUAUGAUUUUGUUAUAAUCCCUCGGACUUUGACUAUCUUUGAAGUUUUCCUAGGAAAUUGAUUGAUAUCUUUAUCGCUUUAUCAGUUCGGUUUUCUUUCAAUUUAGAACGAAAGUUUGCAAAAGAUAUAAUUGAAUUCAGUUUAAGAACUUUUAUAUAAAUCUUGAAUCUCUCAAAAUGAAGAAAGAAACGAACAUCAAAUGUCGUAUUCCAAAGUUUGUAUUCUGAUGUUCUUUCUAAGUUGCAUCGUCGUCCGACGAUUCGUGAGAUAUUUCAAAAAAUCGUAAUCAGCUGGUCGGGAUUGGAUCAAAACCUGCCAUCUCUGUAAAUCACCCUGCAUCCUCCCUGAGACAUUCUUCUUCGUCGUGGUACAUGACGUCAAUUGCGGUAACGCGCACGACAGUCCGUUGCAGUCCGACGACGCGCAGUCGCGCGGUGCCGCGAUCAAUGCGCGAGGUCUUCGCGCGAGGGUCUCGUCGGCGCAUAUUGCACGAGGACCGCAACAGAACAUGCGCGCGGGUGGACUCGUCCUGCGGCAAAAAGGAGAGACUCGCGCGCGUGUGAAAACCUCUGACGUGGAGCACACCGAUGAUGUAAACUCGCGCUCGUACUUUUGUGUGGUACAGGAUUCGAUGAAUUCGCGAUUCUGCGAGCCGGCGACGUAAGGAGUCGAUGUGGAAAGGGCCAAAUCAAAGGGCCUGCUCGUGUUUGUGAUGUGAAUGUUGGUUCUUACGACGCACCAAUUCCGCAAGAUGUAGAAGGCUAGACAAAGAAUGUCAGCCGCUUAACUUCUUUUGGUGGUUGAAACACUUGGAGGUCCAUUCUAAUCGAUAAAAAGCUGUCACCGUUAAAGUAAUUACCGUUUCCCAUUCACAGUAGAUAUACGAGUGCUGUGGGAUUUAUUAGUAAAAGUGUAAUCAGCUUGCAUAACAGCCUGUGUUACGACAAUAAUGACAUGCACGUUUUGAACAUUUUUAUUCGACGUAUCUUAUCAGCAUGUUAGUAAACGUAGGAGUGAUCUUACAUCUAUACAAGAUUGUUGAGAAAUACUAAGAAUCUCUGACAAUUGAUUUAUAUAGACUCUAAACAGCUGGUAAAUCAUCGUCGGGUUUCCUCUAAUUUACUCGAGCGCGUAUAAACAGCGUGUUUAUUUACUGGCGAGCGCCAAUUACGUUUCUGACAGCGUAAGAUGAACAAGUACACGUAGACAAUCAAUUGGCGAACGAUUAAUUUAAUCGGAGCAAGAUGCCGAAGCCAGUUCCGGUGGAGAACCUGGUGAUUCCGCCGCAGGAUAACCGCAUCUGCGGUACGAUCUGCAUCUGCCAGAUGACGAUGGUGCUAUCCUCGGUCGCGUUAGUGUAUCUGACCGUUGCGAUCUACAUGCCAAGUGGACGGGCGUUUGUAUCGGGCAUCAGCGAGGUGCCCGUGAUGUGCACGACAAUACGAGCGGUGAAUGCCGACAAUUGCGAUUGGGGUAGCUGUGGCGAGUGGUGCCUGUCCAAGACCUCUGGACCUUGCGUGCAGAUUCACGUGAACCUACGCAGAAACGGAUCCACGAUCCUACUGGCGAACUGUACGAAUACUACGAACAAGACGUGCUACGGUAUUGAUCAGGAGAACGCGAAGAAGUCAAAGUGUAUCGCGGACGAGUGCCGAAAUUUGACCGGCACGUUUAACUGCUCCGCGGGCACCUGCAUCAACAUCACCGACGCCUUCGAGUGCAACUUCCGCGACACGGACCCACCCCUCAAAUGUUCCGGUCGUCGCGGUAAGAUCACCUGCAUAGACAUAGACGGUUUGUUCAAUUGUAACCGUGGCACCUGCGAGCGCAUACGCACCCCUUACAACUGCGAUCGCAGGUGCGUCGAUAUCCCGACCAGGAAUAAGAACAUGAUCCUACUCAGCGGCGACAAGGUGUAUCUGAGCCAAUGCGAGCGAGCUAUAGACUUGGCGACCAAUCGCGAGAUUUGGCACGAGAACCGUGGCGACGUCAUGAUGGCCUCCUGCUACGGGAUAUUCAAUUCCACGUUGGGCGUGGAGGCGGUGGAUUGUAUCAACGGUUCCGUAUUGGAGAAAGACCUGCUGAGCGAUCUAACGAAUUUCACGUAUCUGUCCUACUUAAAUAUAUUCGCCACGAAGCCACUGGAUAAAGAGGUCGCGCCCCCGGAACAGAGCCUGAUCAUCGCCAACGAGAGCAAAUUGUUGAUCAACCUCGAAGGAUGCGUGAAUACGCUUCGGGACGAGUGCAAAGAUUUUCUUCACGAGUACGGGAAGGACGGGUCCGAUCACAACGCGCGUGCUAGAUUCCCGUGUUUCUAUGCCGAGGAUAAUACGGAAAUUGUCGUGUCGCGGUUCGAUUUACAGACGACAUAUAAAGAGUUCUUGAUCGCGCUAUUGCUACCGAGUAUUCUGUUUGUCGUCAGCUGUGUGACUCUGAUUUGCUGCCAGAGGACAGUCGUCGUCGGGGACGACGCUAAAAUGAGGUUCAAGGGCACACCCGGCACGCUCGUCUCGAUAGAGAGAAGCGCGUCGGGUAAUUUAGGGGAUGCUGGCGGAGGAGACUCCGUCAUGGCGCUCUGAGAUCCGUCACGCAUUCCCCUCCUGGAGGAGAGUCCGGCUCGUCAGUCGAUAUUCUCCCUGCGCGGGCAUUACUGAGGUGUGGAGAGGGGGGGAACGCGUGAUAAAAAAUCUCAUCUUGCAAUUUAAUAAAGCAAAAAAAGCAACACGUACACAUUCCUACAAAGUGUCGAGAAACGAGGCAAAAGGGAGCGGUCAGACAACAAAGAGAUCAAGAAGAAUUUAUCUACUCGCACUGCCUGCACUAAAUAUUUGAAAGAGCGUACAUGCAUGCUUAUGUGACACAUAUGUUUGUCACGUUGAACUUAUAAUUCCGCACGAUCCUCUCGUUCAGAAGAAAAUAACAACUCAAGAAAGAAGAUUUAUUCAAUUUUGGCGUUUUUUCCACACGUGACGUUUGUAGCUUUUAAGAAGUUCCCCUUUUCUGAUUAAUUUGCCGAGACCAAUAGCUAAUUUAACAACCAAGAGGCGCGCCUUGCUGAUGGAUGAUCGACUCGAGACGAGCUCUCGAUAGCCUGCUUACUUAACGAUCCAACAACUCGUCGUAAUUAGAAAGUUCGAACAUUGAUGUGAGCAACCUAGUGACGAAAAUCGGCCUACUCAAGCUCGAAAACCUUCAAGAAAACUCAAGAAAUUUUGCAUUUAAAGCUUAGAAAUUUCUAAAUUAAUGUAGUUUUAUAUCCAUUUAAAUUUCGAUUCUUGAAUAAUUGUUAUUUAAUUAUCUUCGUUAUACUAUAUCUUAUCCAAUUUUGCAAAUUUUUAAUUCUCUAAUUCUUAAAAUUCUAAAUGUUUUAAAUUCCUAAUUCUUUAAUUCUUAAAUAAAUCA